AUGGUACCACACUACCUCUUAAUAUUAACCCUGGCCGUCGCCGCCAGCGCAAGAACGGCAUCCACCAACAAAAACACAAUCGAGGAGGCCAGGAGUUCAGAAGACACCGUUCUCGGUGAUCUGAGAGUUGCGUACGAAACGUACAGAGAGUGCAGCGGCAGUGAUCUCUCGAGCUGCCUCAAAAGGAAGCUAGCGAAGGCCAUCAAUAAGGUUUCGGAAAGCGACGAAGUAACGUUACUCGGUGGAGUGACAAUCACUAAAGAUAAGGAUGCGAAGAUCAACGACGUGGAAGUUGAGGAGGCGAUUCCGAGAGGUCUUGAUGAGAGCUCGCUGGACAACCUUAUCUUGGACAAGAUCAUUGGAUUCAUGCAGACUCAUACAGUCCAGGUCAAAUUCCCGAGCAGCACGGACCUGCAGAGCGCCGAAGGCCGCAGCAGGAGGAAGAAGCUCGCUCCACUCCUGGCCAUCCCCCUCCUGAUUGGAGGCAUGCUGGUGCCCCUGGCCUUCGGAGCGUUGGCGCUGCUCGCUGGGAAAGCGUUGAUCGUAUCUAAGCUGGCCCUCGUACUGGCUGGUAUCAUCGGACUCAAGAAGCUGUUGUCCCCGAAUGGCGGCGCCGAGGCGCAUGAGGUAGUGGUCUCGUCAGCUGGCCACGGAGGCGCUGGAUGGAGCAGGUAA